AUGCAGCUUACGUCCUUCCUGUUAAAGCUGGCAGUUCUUCCGGCUGCAUGGGCUAUCCCUGCCCCGGAUAAUAGUCUGCAAAAAUUACUCCAAGUACCGCCUGGCUAUCCCGCAGCAUUCUUCAGUCAACAGCCUAUUUCCGAACACUCGCCUUACUCUCCCGGAUAUCGCGACCCAUAUGAUCGCAAGAUUGAUUCCGUUGGCGAUGAUCGCCAGCCACUCCCAUUCCGUAAUGGAGAUGGUGCUACAGUGAUGGGACCGCGGAAUCGAGAUCGCGAGCGCCAGAACCCCGAUCUUGUCCGUCCCCCAAGUACCGACCAUGGUAGUAUGCCUAAUAUGCGAUGGAGUUUUGCGGAUUCACAUAUUCGGAUUGAGGAAGGUGGAUGGACGCGACAAACGACGAUCCGCGAGCUGCCUACUAGCCGUGAACUAGCGGGUGUGAACAUGCGUCUGGAUCAAGGUGUAAUCCGCGAACUUCAUUGGCACACGGAAGCUGAAUGGGCAUUUGUGCUUGCUGGAAAAGUACGAGUCACUGCGCUGGACUUGGAAGGUGGCACUUUUAUGGAUGACUUGGAGGCGGGAGAUCUCUGGUAUUUCCCCGCUGGACAUCCACAUUCGCUCCAGGGUCUAGGUGAAAAUGGCACGGAGUUCCUUCUGAUCUUUGAUGAUGGCCACUUCUCCGAAGAGUCCACCUUCUUAUUGACUGAUUGGUUGGCUCACACCCCCAAAGCAGUUAUAGGAGAGAACUUCCGGAUGUCACCAGAAAAGUUCGACAACAUCCCAACAUCCGAGAAGUACAUAUUCCAAGGCUCAACCCCAGGAAGUAUUGACCAGGAAAAGCCACGCACGUUCAAGAAGUCAAAGACACAAUUCACACAUCAUAUGCUCGCCCAAGAACCACUUGAAACCAGCGGCGGUCGUGUCCGUAUUGCCGACUCUGCCAACUUCCCGAUUUCCAAAACAGUAGCAGCCGCCCAUCUAGAGAUCGCACCGGGCGCACUACGCGAGAUGCACUGGCACCCCAACGCAGACGAGUGGAAUUAUUUCAAGAAAGGCCGUGCGCGAGUUACCAUAUUUGCUGCAGAAGGGAACGCUAGAACCUUUAACUACGUGGCCGGUGAUGUCGGCAUCGUGCCUCGGAAUAUGGGGCACUUCAUCGAGAACCUGAGUGAUGAUGAACCGCUGGAGGUUUUGGAAGUUUUCCACGCAGAUCGAUUCCGGGAUUUCUCUCUGUUUCAAUGGCUUGGUAGCUCACCUCGCCGAAUGAUUGCUGAGAAUCUCUUUCCCGACGACUCUAAAGCUGCAGCAGAAUUUUUGAAAAAGAUCGAAAGCGCUGAAAAGGAUCCUAUCAAAGAUACGAACUAA